UUUAAAUAUUUAAAUGUCCUUGGAUAUACAUCAUAGGUAUUGUGGAUUGUGGCAACUACGCGUACUCAAAAAAUUGGGAGGUUGUGAAAUGUAGGACUAUAUUUUUAGUUUAUUUACCUAACAAGAAACGUGCCGACAAAUGAAUGAAGUUCUGAAAACAGUGUGUUUAAUUUAUCUAUAUUCAGAAUAUUUUUGAUUCGAUUUCAUAUCGUUAUUAUGUUUAAAAAUAAAACUUGGAAUAUCAUUAGUAAAAUUGUUUCCAUUGUAAAAUGUGUUAUUUAAGGUUCAGAUCUGCUCAACAGUGACACUGCCCUUUGCCAAGUGCAAUUCAACCAUGGUUGAAAUGGGGUCUUCAAGUUUACUGCAUAUGGGGGACAUAGUAUCCUUAUAUGCAGAAGGCAGCGUUUGCGGCUUUUUAAGUACUUUAGGUUUGGUUGAUGAUAGAUGUGUGGUAUGCCCAGAGGCAGGAGAUCUCAGUAAUCCUCCAAAAAAAUUUAGAGAUUGUCUGUUUAAAAUAUGUCCAAUGAAUCGUUAUUCUGCUCAAAAGCAGUUUUGGAAAGCUGCUAAACAGAGUAUGGGUCCAAAUGCAGAUACUAAUUUAAUAAAAAGAUUACAUCAUGCAGCAGAAAUUGAAAAGAAACAAAAUGAAAGUGAAAAUAAAAAAUUAUUGGGGACAAAUGUGCAAUAUGGGAGUGUAGUGCAAUUACUUCACCUGAAGUCAAAUAAGUACUUAACUGUUAAUAAAAGGUUACCGGCCCUGUUAGAGAAAAAUGCUAUGAGAGUGUACUUAGAUGGUAGUGGAAAUGAAGGCUCAUGGUUCUAUAUUCUACCCUUUUACAAGCUUCGUGCAACUGGUGAUAACAUAGUUUUAGGAGAUAAAGUCAUUUUAAAUCCUGUUAAUGCUGGUCAACAAGUCUUACAUGUAGCUGCUAAUCAUGAAUUGCCUGAUAAUCCUGGAUGUAAAGAAGUCAAUGUGGUUAAUGGCAGUACAUCUUGGAAAGUUACCUUGUUUAUGGAGCAUAGAGAAAAUGCAGAAGAUGUUCUUAAAGGUGGAGAUGUGGUACGUUUGUUCCAUGCUGAACAAGAAAAAUUUCUUACUAUGGAUGAAUAUAAAAAGACUCAGCAUGUUUUUUUGCGCACAACUGGUCGUACUAGUGCCACUAGUGCAACAAGUAGUAAAGCCUUAUGGGAAAUCGAAGUGGUGCAACAUGACUCUUGUAGAGGUGGUGCUGGCCAUUGGAAUUCGUUGUUUCGAUUUAAACAUUUAGCUACUGGACAGUACUUGGCAGCAGACCUAGAUCCGGAUCAAUCAAUUUAUGAAACUCAUGGAAAACUUAAACAAGAAAAUUCAAACGCUGACACAAACGUGUAUCAUUUAGUACCAGUAGCAUAUCCCAAUGAGAUAGCAUCUUUAUUCGAGUUAGAUCCAACAACACUGACUAGGGCAGAUUCACUAGUUCCACAGUCUAGUUAUGUUAGACUUCACAAUUUAGUUACAAAUACUUGGGUUCAUUCUACUUCAAUUCCAAUUGAUAAAGAUGAAGAAAAACCAGUCAUGUCUAAAGUGGGCUGUGCUCCAAUGAAAGAAGAUAAGGAGGCUUUUGCUCUUAUAUCAGUCUCGCCUAUUGAAGUCCGAGAUUUGGAUUUUGCCAACGAUGCAUGUAAGGUUCUUUCUUCUCUGUCCGCAAAGUUAGAACAUGGGACAAUAUCUCAUAACGAAAGACGGGCCGUUACUAAUUUACUUCAGGACAUUGUUUAUUUUAUUGCUGAUAUGGAAAACGAACAAAAUAAAAUGGAAGCUCUUGAAUUGACUGUUACUAAUCCUAAUAGAGAUAGGCAAAAAUUAUUGAGAGAACAAGCUAUAUUAAAACAGUUAUUUAAAAUUUUACAGAGACCAUUUAUGGAUUCUCCAAGUGGAGAGCCAGCGUUUUUAAAGUUAGAGGAGUUGAAUGAUCCGAGACAUGCCCCUUACAAGUAUAUUUUUAGAUUGUGUUACCGCAUACUGCGUUUAAGUCAGCAGGAUUACCGAAAAAAUCAGGAGUACAUCGCAAAGCAUUUUGGGUUUAUGCAAAAACAAAUCGGGUAUGACAUCUUGGCCGAAGAUACAAUAACUGCUUUAUUACAUAACAAUCGCAAACUUUUGGAGAAACACAUAACUCCUGCAGAAAUCGAGACUUUUGUGGGUUUAGUACGAAAAAACAUGCAUAACUGGGAAUCUCGUUUUUUAGAUUAUCUCUCUGAUUUGUGUAUCUCCAAUAAAAAGGCUAUUCCUGUUACUCAAGAAUUGAUUUGCAAAAGUGUACUUAGUCAAAAGAAUUCGGAUAUUUUAAUUGAAACAGUAAUGAUGAAAACUCAAGUGGAAGAACAUGAAGACUCUUUGUUUGAAAAAGAUGAGACUGAUUUAGAACCUGUAGUUGUAGAAGAGCAGCAAGUAGUUCUGUUGUGGAAUAACCGUCAAAAGUCGCAGGCCCUAAUCGAUUUAUGUUGCAAAGCAAAACUAGGAAGUAAAGAGGACCAAGCAAUUCUAGAUUACUACCGCCAUCAGCUCGAUUUGUUUUCUAACAUGUGCCUAAAUCGUCAAUACUUAGCUUUAAAUAAUUUGUCACCCCUCCUCGAUGUAGAUCUGAUUUUAAAGUGUAUGUCCGAUGAAAAUAUUAGCUACGAUUUAAGAGCGUCUUUCUGUAGAUUGAUGUUACAUAUGCAUGUUGAUAGGGAUCCACAAGAAUCCGUAACUCCUGUUAAGUAUGCCAGACUGUGGUCGGAAAUACCGUCAAAAAUGUCCAUUCAUGAUUAUGAUAGCAAUAAAACAUCCUAUCCAAAUAAGGAAGCUGUGAGAUCGAGAUUUUGCUCAACCAUUGCUUUUGUUGAAGACUAUUUAUGUAAUGUGGUUGCUAAAAUGUGGUCAUUUGCAGAUCAAGAUCAAAAUAAAUUAACGUUUGAGGUUGUUAAACUUGCCAGAGAACUAAUAUAUUUUGGCUUUUAUAGCUUUUCUGGUUUGUUAAGAUUGACAAAAACUUUGCUCAAUAUAUUAGACUGUGUGUCUGAAAGUGACUAUAAUGAUAGGCAAUUAUCAGCAGGAGAUAAUGAUUCUGACGGUGGUGUUUUACGUACAAUCGGUGAUAUGGGUGCUGUAAUGACAUCGCUUACCCUAGGAUCUGCAGGUAGGGCUGCUGUGUCUUCGUCUAAUAAUCAGCCUAAAUUGCAUUCUAAAGAAAAUCCACUUGUUAUGGACACUAAAUUGAAGAUAAUUGAAAUAUUGCAGUUCAUCUUAGACGUCAGGUUAGAUUAUCGCAUAAGUUGCCUCUUAAGUAUAUUCAAACAGGAGUUUGAUGAGGCUGAAAAAAACAACGAAGAUUCCUUAGCAUUGAGUCACAAAAAUAUCGAUUUAGAAAUUAUAGCAAGUCAAGCUGAAGGUAUUUUUGGAAGCAGUGAUGAAUCUGAAGUCUUAGAUUUAGACGGUCAUGGAGGUAGAACUUUUUUAAGGGUUCUUUUACACUUAACAAUGCACGAUUACCCCCCUCUUGUGUCGGGGGCCCUCCACUUGCUUUUUAGACACUUUAGUCAAAGGCAGGAAGUUUUACAAUCGUUUAGACAAGUACAAUUACUAGUUUCUGAUGCUGACGUCGAAUCAUAUAAACAAAUAAAAGCAGAUUUGGAUGUUUUACGACAGUCUGUAGAAAAAUCGGAACUGUGGGUUUAUAAAUCAAAAGGGUCUGAAGAAGUGACAGGAAAAAAAAAUAAAGAAGAUUACGAGGAGAACGUAUCGCGAAAGUCUCCCCCUGUUUUAAGUUCAAUCGAAAAGAAAGGUUCUGCUAUUAAUUUGGAUGUUGGUCCGCCUCUUCAUCCUGAACAAGCCGAUGAAUACAAGAAGAUUCAGAAAAUUUUAAUAAGAAUGAACAAACUUUGCAUUCAAGGGUCUCCCGGAAAUGUUGUCAAACCUAAAAAACACGAACAAAGACUUUUAAGAAACGUUGGUGUACACACUGUUGUCUUAGAUCUUCUACAAAUACCUUAUGAUGAAAAGGAAGAUGUUAGAAUGAAUGAACUUAUGCGAUUGGCACAUGAAUUUCUACAAAAUUUCUGUCUUGGCAACCAGCAAAAUCAAGUUUUAUUGUACAAACAUUUAGAUUUGUUUCUGAACCCUGGGAUACGAGAAGCUCAGACUGUUUGUGCAAUAUUUCAAGACAAUUCCACAUUGUGUAACGAAGUUAAUGAAAAAGUUAUCCAGCAUUUUGUUCAUUGCAUUGAAAGUCACGGAAGGCACGUGCAAUACUUAAAAUUUUUGCAAACAAUUGUAAAAGCUGAAAAUCAAUUUAUAAGAAAGUGCCAGGAUAUGGUAAUGCAAGAACUGAUAAAUGCUGGAGAAGACGUUUUAGUAUUUUACAAUGAUAAAGCUUCGUUUAAUUAUUUUGUGGAAAUGAUGCGUUCAGAGAGGCACAGCAUGGACGAAAGUAGUCCCCUACGAUAUCAUGUUGAACUUGUUAAAUUAUUGGCGUGCUGUACUAUGGGUAAAAACGUUUAUACCGAAAUAAAAUGUCACAGUUUAUUACCACUAGACGAUAUUGUUGCUAUGGUGACUCACCCUGACUGUAUACCUGAAGUAAAAGAGGCCUAUGUAGGAUUUCUUAAUCAUUGUUACAUAGAUACUGAAGUCGAAAUGAAGAAGGAAAUUUAUACAUCCAAUCACAUGUGGACGUUGUUUGAGAAAUCCUUUCUAGUUGAUAUGGCUGAUAUUGCAACUGCUCCUGAUGAUAGAAAACAUCCAGAUAAAGCCCUAGAGAACUACGUUACAAAUGGGGUCAUGAAUAUAAUAACUACAUUUUUCAGCAGUCCAUUUUCAGAUCAAAGCACAACUGUACAGAAACACCUGCAUGAAGCCCGGGUAUUUUGGAGCGACUCCACUUUGGAGGAUUAUGAUCCUUUUACAAUAAACACGCCUCUUAAAACGUCACCAUUUCCACUUAACACUAGACAGCCAAUUUUUGUCCAGCUUUUACAUUCGGCAUUUAGAGUGUCUCAAUGUCCUUGGCUUACUCCAUCUCAGCGCUUUAAUGUAGAAAAUUGUAUACGCGCAUUAUCUGAUGUUGCUAAAAAUCGUGGCAUAGCUAUACCACUAGACUUAGAAGUGCAGGUAAAUGCCAUGUUUAAUAAGGCAAUUUUGUUAACUCGUCAAACUAGUAAAUGGUUACAAGCUUCUAAGCAACCAAAAAUUGAAAGAUCGCAGUCACAAUUAAUGCGUUUAGAUAGAAGUAUAAUAGAAGGUUUGCAAGACAUAGUUUCUCUUUUAGAAGAUCAAUUAAAACCUUUAGUACAGGCUGAGUUAUCAUUAUUAGUAGAUGUACUUUACAGGCCAGAAUUAUUAUUUCCUCCGUCUUCAGAAUCUCGGAAAAAAUGCGAAAGUGGAGGUUUUAUUAAAAGGCUUAUAAAGCACACAGAGAAAUUAUUAGAAGAAAAGGAGGAAAAGUUAUGUGUAAAAGUGUUAAGAACUCUAAGAGAAAUGAUGUCUAUAGAUCCCGAGUAUGGAGAGAAGGGUGAAUAUUUACGAAACAGUUUGCUAACGAGGUAUUUUGGAAAAACUUUUGUGCAAAAGAACGAAACACUCGAUUUAAGUAGUUUAAAGUUAUCGUCGAUAAUUCAUGGUCCAGGAGCAAAAUUAAUAAGUCGUGCUAAUCGUACUCUACAUGAAGUUCAAACUCAUUUAGACAAAGAAGGAGCUUCUGAUUUGGUAGUAGAAUUGGUUAUUAAAUCUAUUAAUUCUCCUUCGAUUUUUGGAGAAGUUGUACAAUUGGGCAUUGCUCUUUUAGAAGGGGGUAACCCUAUCAUUCAAAAAAGUAUAUUUAACAAACUUGUUAAAGGAGAACUUAGCCAAUCGUUCUUUAAGGUAUUUUAUGAUAAAAUGCGUGAUGCUCAACAAGAAAUAAAAUCGACGGUAACGGUUAACACAUCUGAUAUAGCAGCAAAAGCGCAUGAAGAUAAACAGGAUGGAAAAGAUGGGGAUAGGCUGUCUAAAAAACAUGGUUUAAAAACGAACGGCAUCAUUAUAAGUGAUGAAUUAAGGGAAGAAUUGGACCAUGCUGCUGAAAGUACAUGUCAGGCCUAUGCAAAUGUACGAAGUCUGGCGUCAGGUGAUGACCAUAGCGCAAUAAAUUCAGGUGCAGCUUCUGCCUUUGAAGACCUUUUAGCGGAAAAACUAGAGAAACACAAAGAACAAGAUGAUCAAACACGUCUUUCAGGCAAAAUAUUAAUAAUGCAACCUAUACUGAGAUUUUUACAAUUGUUAUGCGAAAAUCACAACCAAACCCUACAAAAUUUGCUUAGAAAUCAAAAUAAUAAAACGAACCACAACUUGGUAUCAGAAACUCUUACAUUCUUGGAUUGCAUUUGUGGUUCAACGACCGGAGGAUUAGGGCUUUUGGGACUGUAUAUCAACGAAAAUAACGUGUUUUUAAUAAAUCAAACGUUAGAAACGUUGACAGAAUAUUGUCAGGGACCUUGUCACGAUAAUCAGAAUUGUAUUGCCGGCCAUGAAUCGAAUGGUUUAGAUAUUAUUACUGCUCUCAUCUUAAAUGAUAUCAAUCCUUUGGGGAAAACCAGAAUGGAUUUAGUGUUGGAGUUAAAGAACAACGCGUCAAAGUUACUUUUAGCAAUAAUGGAAAGCAGAGGAGAUAGCGAAAAUGCGGACAGAAUCUUAUACAACAUGAAUCCAAAACAAUUACUGGAAGUGGCUUGUAGAGCCUAUCACCAAGAAGCUUUAGACGACGAUGAUUUUGGAGAUAAAGAUGUCACAACAGACGAGACCGUAUCACCUCGUGAAGUGGGACACAAUAUUUAUAUCCUGUGUCAUCAGCUAGCCCAACAUAACAAAGAAUUAGCGUCCCUUUUAAAGCCCGGUGAAGGGUAUGACCCCAAAACUCACAAAGCUUUAAUGUACUAUGCUACACAUACUGCUCAAAUAGAAAUCGUUCGUCAAGACCGUACCCUAGAACAAAUAGUUUUCCCAAUUCCUGAAAUCUGUGAAUAUAUUACGACGGAUACAAAAAUUAAAGUACUUCACACCGCUGAGAAAGACGACCAGGGCUCCAAAGUAGCAGAUUUUUUCGAAAGGACUGAGGAAAUGUUUAACGAAAUGAAGUGGCAAAAGAAACUAAGAGCUCAACAUAUGCUGUUUUGGGUUAGCAGCUAUAUGUCUUUGUGGAGUAACUGUCUCUUUAAUUGCGCCGUAGUAAUAAAUUUAAUUGUCGCGUUUUUCUAUCCUUUUAAUGACACCGUGCCAAAGUUAAAUUCAACAGUAUCAGGAUUAAUUUGGACUUCUAUGUUAGCUUCUACUACAAUAGUAAUAACUUUACCUAGAGAAAUGGCUAUAAGGACUUUAGUUGUAUCGAUAAUUUUGAGACUUAUAUUUUCCCUGGGUCCGGAACCGACUCUAUGGCUAUUAGGGAUACUUACAGUUUUCUUGAAAGGCAUUCAUUUAGUUAGCAUAAUGGGCAAUCAUGGUACUUUAACCAAAACAUACUACCAAAUAAUCACAGAUGCUGAACUACUUUACCACAUUUCGUAUUUAGUUAUUUGCAUAUUAGGAUUGACUAUGCAUCCCUUCUUUUACUCUGUUUUGUUAUUUGAUGUAGUGUACCGUGAAGAGACGCUUUUAAACGUGAUUCGUUCAGUAACAAGGAAUGGCAGAUCAAUUAUUUUGACUGCGGUUUUGGCUCUGAUAUUGGUUUAUAUGUUCUCAAUAAUUGGUUAUAUGUUUUUCAAAGACGAUUUUCUUGUAAGCGUAGAUGAAGAUAUUAAAGAAACAUAUUCUCCUGAUCAAGUAGUGUGUGAAACUGUAUCAAAAUAUGGAGCUAAUUCUCAAGAACAGUUUUGUAAAUUAGUAGAAAAGCCGCAGCCUUUAGUGAUUGGAGAUGAAGUUAAAGAAAGAGCUUGUGAUUCUCUGAUAAUGUGUAUAGUAACAACACUAAAUCAGGGUCUCCGAAAUGGUGGAGGUAUUGGCGAUAUUCUAAGAGCACCUAGUAGUACAGAAGCACUAUUUGUUGCUAGAGUCGUGUAUGAUUUGCUGUUCUUCUUCAUCGUUAUAAUUAUUGUACUUAAUUUGAUUUUUGGUGUAAUCAUCGAUACUUUUGCCGAUCUCAGAUCUGAGAAACAACAGAAGGAAUUAAUUUUGAAAAAUACAUGUUUUAUUUGCGGUCUUCAUAGAUCGGCAUUUGACAAUAAAACCGUUAGUUUUGAGGAGCAUAUUCAGAGCGAGCAUAAUAUGUGGCACUACUUGUACUUUAUUGUCCUUAUAAAAGUCAAAGAUCCAACUGAGUUUACGGGACCUGAGAGUUAUGUCUAUGAAAUGGUUAAGGCUUCUAAUUUAGAUUGGUUUCCACGUUUACGAGCUAUGUCACUAUCUGCAGUCGAGGGAGACGCUGAACAAUUGGAAUUGCGUAGUCUGCAGUCGCAGUUAGAAACAACUCAAUUGUUAGUUUCUACCUUGUCGCAACAACUUUUAGAACUUAAGGAUCAGAUGACUGAACAGCGUAAGCAUAAACAAAGGUUGGGGUUACUAAAUUCUGCCUCCUCUUAUUUGCACACAUCCAAUUUACCGUGAAAUGCUGUACUUAUCUUUUUUUAUCUUAUAUUCAUGUUGUUAAAUUUAGUUCUACUGUUUUAAUUAAUUGAGGAGGAAAUCAGCUUUUGAAAAGAUAUUAAUGUGUUAAAAUGGUGCAAGAAAAUGUAGUUAGAAGAUAUAUAGAGAAAUUUAAUAAUAUUAUAUUACGAAGUAGUUAGGAAUCCUAUAUAUUCAGAAUCUCUAACAUUUUUUAUUUUUUAUGUUAUGUUUUGGUCCUUUUUAUUAAUUUUAUUUUAUUGUUUUCUUUAAUAAAUGCUGUUAAACGACAGCAAGUAAUUAUUACAUUUCAAAUUUGUUUUGUUAUUUUUUAUAGUACUUACUGCAAGACAAAGGUCAGUUAAUAUUGAAACCAGGAGAAAAUUUAAACAUAUUUUCCAGUUAUUUCAAAAAUUUUUUCUUCUGUUUAAAAUUAUUAACAGUAAACACGUAAACAUAUUUUCUACGGGUUUCAGUAGAUUAAAAAAAAAUUGAAAUGUUAAAAUAAUUCAGUUCUACAUUAAAGAACAACUAUGACAAUCAUUUUCAUUUGUUAGGGUUUAAUUUUUGUUUUCUGUAACACUAAUAGCCUGUCUUACAUUUUACUUUUACCGCGAAUUUAUUAGAAGUUUUACAAAGAACAUUUUGUAAAUGAUAAUGUUCAAUUGGUCUCUCGUAGCAGAAAUAGGCGUGUCACUACUUAUAAUAUCUUAAAGUAGACUAGACUACUGAAAUAUACGUAGAAAAAAAUAUUGUUAGUGAAAAGGGUAUUCGCAUAGUGUACGUUACAUUAUUUUACAAAUAUAUAGUUAGACGUUUGUGAUAUUGUAUUGCAUACUAAACACAUGCACAAAUUAAAUCAUUGUGUUCUUUAUUAAAAUUAUUGGAAAAAAGUUUCAACUCUUAUAUCGCCUACUUCGUCACUUUUUCAGUUUUGAUUAUUUUUAAUGUUACAAACUAGAUUAAAUAAUAUAUUUGCCUAUAAGAGGCAAUCGAAUUGGUCUUAAGUCAUCCUGUGAUAGAAAAAAAGCUAAUGGGACGAAGCUUUGCAAAUAAUAUUU